AUGUGGCUGGUCACGGUGUUAAUCUCGAGCGGGUGCGCCGAGUUGCCUGGCCCUGCCAGGGGCCUUCUCUUCGGUCCUGUGCCGCCGCCCCCCUCUCGGCUCACAGUGCGGGGAAGCAGGCUGUAUGACCCAUCCGGCGGGUCAAUCCGACUCACGGGCUUCAACUGGGUGCCCAAGCAGAGCACGGGUGCGCUGGAGCUACGCGACGCGGCUUGGUCCGCGACACUCGGGUCGAAUGUUGCGCGAAUAGUGGGCGUGCUCUGGAAGAACAGGAAGGCAGGCAAAGACCGCGAGCUUUGGGACUGUGCGACCGAAGAGCCGCCACACUUCUUCAACGAUUCAUGUUUCGUCUGGCUCGACGAGCUGGUGGAGGCAGCGACUCGCAGUGGCCAGUGGGUGAUCCUCGCGAUGCGGUCCAAGUACGGCGCUGGGCAGGAUUGGAGGGAUGCGCCUGGCGAUAACGUCUUCCGGAACGCGACGCUGCGUGCGCAGCACCACGCGGUGUGGCGGCACGUGGCGGCUCAUUAUGCGUCGUUCGACGGCAUCGCUGGGUACGAAGUCCUCGCCGAGCCUCGCGACAAGAACCUGACGACGCAGGCGGUGCACGAUUUCUACGUUAGCGCGUGCGCGGCGGCGCAGGGGGCAGAUCCGCGUACUCUAUGCGUCGUCGGCACGGCUCCGUACUACAAGCUUUGGACGGUGUCCCCGUCGAUACUCAUGGAGAACCCGCUCGUGCUCUACACAUUCGACUACUUCACGCCCGAUUCCUUUGUCUUUGGCCGCUCCAUGUUCCGCGACGGCGGCUACAACCGCGAGUACACGUGUACUAGGCUAUAUGGUGGGAAUCCGUGGGCGCGCGCUGAGAAGACGCCGGACGGCAUUCACACCUCAGGGCGCCCAUGCGUCGGAGGAUACGACUACAUCCGCGAUGUCAUGUCGCUCGCGCAAGAGCUUGGCAUUGGCUGGUGCUGGUGGAACAUAGCGGGCAGCAAGCUGGUCGGUGGCUCAACUGCACCGAUAAUCCACUAUGCCAACGGUACGACCCGCGUCAUGCAGGGGCUCGUAGAUGCACUCGUGCCUUACUUUGACCAGGCCGGAGGCCCACAGAACUCGGACGAGAACCGUGGGCUCAUUCUCGGGGACCGCUCUUUUUCUGCAGGAUUUGGGAGCAUUGAGGAUGGAUGCGAAGUUGACGACAGCGCAGCAGCGAGCCACUUUGACUCAGCGGAGCAGGAAUCGUGUUAG